GCAGCCGCGGCGGUCGCGUUGAUGGCUGCGGGGCUGGGUGGUUGACCCGGGAUAGGGCGGGCCCCGCGCCCACAAUUUGGGCGGCAGCUGCCUAAGCUCGGCCUGCACCAUGGCCACUUCUGCCACCUCCUCGGAGCAUUUCGAGAAGCUGCACGAGAUCUUCCGUGGCCUCCAUGAGGACCUGCAAGGGGUGCCCGAGCGGCUCCUGGGAACGGCGGGGACUGAGGAGAAGAAGAAGUUGAUCCGAGAUUUUGAUGAAAAACAACAGGAAGCAAAUGAAACGCUGGCGGAGAUGGAGGAGGAGCUACGUUAUGCCCCCCUGUCUUUCCGUAACCCCAUGAUGUCCAAACUGCGAAUCUACAGGAAGGACCUCGCCAAGCUACAGCGGGAGGUGAGAAGCACGCCUUUGACAGCCACCGCUGGGGGCCGAGCAGACACGAAGUACAGCGCGUACUCUGUGGAGAAUGAGCACCUGACUCGGCUACAGUCUCAGAGGGCGCUGCUGCUGCAAGGCACUGACAGCCUGAACCGGGCCACCCAGAGCAUUGAGCGUUCUCAUCGGAUCGCCACCGAGACCGACCAGAUGGGCUCAGAGAUCAUAGAGGAGCUGGGAGAGCAGCGGGAGCAGCUGGAGCGCACCAAGAGUAGACUCGUAAACACCAGUGAAAACUUGAGCAAAAGUCGAAAGAUUCUCCGGUCAAUGUCCAGAAAAGUGGUCACCAAUAAGCUGCUGCUGUCCGUCAUCAUCCUAUUGGAGCUUGCCAUCCUGGGAGGCCUGGUCUAUUACAAAUUCUUCCACCACCAUUAAACUUCUAAAGAGAGGGACUUGAGGACCAGAACCUUGACCCUGUGAAGUAAUAGUAGGGACAGGGAAUGAGCUGCUGCUGUGGGCUGACAGUUCAAGGAUGACUGUCCAGCCAAACUGUGGGAGGAGGGAGGAGAGACAGAAAGCCACCUAAAUGUGAAAGAAAAGCCACAAGACCAGAGAUAUACCAAGGUAAUAAAUGCUGUUUAUGAUUCCUUGA